AUGGAGUCAAGAGUAAAAAAACACACAUGGCCCGAGGCCGCAGUGCACUUCAAGGAUGAAACUGGUGUGGUACUUACGGAAGAACAGCUCUCAAAAGAGCAACACAUUAGCUUAGGACACCAUCUUAAGCAGUGUAAGGCCAUAAGUCAACUACGUUCUUACUUCUACCGCAAUGCCUCAGCCGUGGGGCGAGCACGAGUCACACAAUUCACCAAAACCAUCACGAAGUUGAUGGGCUCCUCCACCGAGCGCACACGUGGGCCAACCGCCGUUGAACACUUCAUUCAUACUGAAUAUCAGUCUGGGUCCUCGGUCAAGGAAGACAUCCAGGCUCACUUGAAGAAUGGUGAAUACACCCGACAGAAUCACAUGUCCGGACUUCGCGUGGAAGCUGCCAAGGCAAUGAGUGCUCGUGGACAAGAAUAUGUGAAGAAAAUGGAGUGUGAGCACCGUGCUGAGAAGGCGAAGGCUGAACUGGAGGCACUACGCAAUCCUGAUGAGUUGGCAUGUAUGCAGUACAUCGAAGGCCUCAGUGCUGUAGUCGGGCAGCUUCUACAGACUAUUCAAGAAACUACUGGCUGGUAUGGAAGUAUUUACCUUGGAGGACCAGACCCACGUGUGGCCGGAGAUGUUCGCAUUUUCAGCUUUCACCACGGGAAGGGGUCUACUGGCCUCACCUUCCGUGAAGCACUCCCAGACCAUCACUCGCGUCUUGUCGAACCGGCGCCUUCGCUACCUCAGCCUGAUUUUACUCUGCCAGCGGCUACCCACACUUCCUCCACAGUUGCUACCUUGCCUGACCUUACUCUGCCAGUGGCUACCCACACUUCCUCCACAGUCGCUACCUCGCCUGACCUUACUCUGCCAGCGGCUAAUGUGCUUCCCGAUGAGAUCCGCCAAGAUGAGUCAUUCGACAACUCCCUGGGAUUCCUCGGCGCAUUGCUAGAGCCGCUUAUGAUGUCCGACGACACGCUCUAUGAGGGUAGCAUGGGAGCCUCAAUUGAGCCUCCUAUGAUGUCUGAUGACACGCUUUACACAAUCGGACCAGAAGAGCAUGUCGACUCGUGGCAAACAUCACUCCCAAUGCUGCCUCCUUAUCCCGGCCAACUUACUCCUCCCCGUCUUCGUAGCGCUAUGGCUCGUCUUGAAUCAGGCAGUGUGAAUCGUCCUCAUCGUCCUCAUCCUCAGCCAUAUGAGGGGAAAUCAAAAUCUAUGUAUGACAGGUUUGGUGAUUCUCCCCCGUCAUCUCCCGUGCCUUCUCGGGCCACCCAAACUCCUUCUCUGGCAGAAGUCAUACCUCCACCACUUCCGGUGGCAUUUGAUUUGCCCCCUACUACCUCCUUUCCCUCUGCCAUGGCUUCUUCGCCUACUGUUGUGCAGCUGCUGGAGCCUGUGACUCCAUCUCCUCUUCCUGCCAUGCUAACUACGUCUCCUGCGACUUCAUCUCUUCCUACUGUGCUGACCACGUCUAUGACUUCAUCUCUUCCUGCCGCGCCUACCAAGACUACAUCUUCUGCUUCCAAGGCUUCUCAGCAGAAGCCAAUAGCAUUGGCACUCACGAAAGGGCACAAAAGCCAUGCAAGUCAGCUCCUUGAGCAGCGGAUACCAAAUUUUAUCUGCUGA